GACUACAGAAUCCACUCUCGUUGCUCAACAAUCCUCAAUGAUCACGCAAUCCACAUCUUAUGACUCUGUUUCUUAGUUUAGAGGAUAUUUAUAUUCGAGAGGCGUUGUAUGGUACUCCGAGUUUCUCUCUCUCUGCCUAGUCAGAAUGGCUUCCAACUUCGCCAGCGUCCCGAUACUCGAUUAUUCUCUGGUAUCUGACCCUGAACGGAAGCCAGAGUUCAUUAAACAACUACGUCACGCCCUGAUAGAUGUCGGGUUUUUGUAUCUCUCCAAUCCACCAGUCGCUCGCGAAGACAUUGACGCAGUUAUUGACUAUGCGCCUCGCCUAUUCGACCUUCCUCAGGAGGCUAAGGAGAAAAUCAGGAUGGUGAACUCACCCCACUUCUUUGGAUACUCCAGGUUUGGCGCGGAGUUGACGAAGGGAAAGACGGAUCAGAGAGAGCAGUUUGACUUCGCAACUCCGUACGAGAAUCAGUGGAAGCCAGGAGACCCGGAGUACCUCAAGCUUUGGGGAUCCCCUCAGUGGCCGGACGAGGAUCUCCUGCCUGGUUUUAAAGAAACCUUCUUGCGGUAUCUUGCCCAAGUAGAGAAGUUGAGCUUCAAUUUUAUUGAGCUACUUGCCGAGGCAUUCCAAAUUCCAGUAUCUUCGCUCGACCCUUUCUUCAAUGAGGGCCGUCACUUGCAGCACCGAGCGAAAGUCGUCAAGUAUCCUGUGCCGCCUGAUGAUUCGUCGGACCAAGGGGUUGGGCCUCAUUUCGAUGGCGGAUUCCUGACAUUUUUGCUUCAAGCAUCACCACAUAGGGGACUGCAAGUGCAGAAUCUGCGCGGCGAGUGGAUAGACGCACCUCCAAUCCCUGGUUCAUUUGUCAUAAACAUCGGCAAGGCUUUGGAAACCGCGACACAGGGACUUGCUCGCGCUACUUCACAUCGGGUAUUAUCACCAGAGCCUGGUUCAACGCCUCGUUACUCCAUCCCGUUCUUCCAGAACAUAUCCCAGAAUGUUCGUAUAGGAGACUCAGUUUUGCAGUUCAGCCCUGACAUUCUCAAACUAAAGGAAUCCCGAGGAGAGGAGGUUGCUCCAGAUUCUGUGAACUAUGCCGAAUAUGGACUCUUGCCCUCUGGUGAGGUUGCUCUAAUCGGUCGUGUGAAGAGUCAUCCAGACGUCGCACAACGUCACUAUCCCGAUCUGUUCAAACAAUUCUUUCCAGAUGGACUUCCUGCUCAAGGCUUCGCGUAUUGAUCGCCAAGGGAGCCCAGCAUACAUCUGAUGUACGUGUUCCCUCGAAUGCGCCACCGAAUCUGUCAUACUACCCUGGAACCACCUGGUCAAGGCCCAUUCACUUUAUGCCGGAGUCCGUGCUGUAUUUGUAUUUCAUUCUCUUCCCUGUAUUAGUACGUACUAGUAUUCGAGUCCUGUAUGUUCUUGUGUCUCAGGUUAGACCCGAAAACUUCCUAUCACUGGCCGCCCGUUGUCAAACUAACUCUCGGUUACUCACUUCUCGUAGAGUUAGCCUAGUCUGCUAUAUUUCCAUCCACCGGGAGCAAACCAUUGUACCUCAUGCCGUCAUUCGUUAAUGAACCUAGCGACCCCGUUCAGUGCUAUAUUUCUUGUUCCCGC